AUGGAUGCCAAUGACAGUCACAAUCACCUUAAAGACAUUGAGAAUGAUGACCUUUUCUCCAUCCUGGACCAGAUCCCUCAGAUCGGCCAAACCAAGGUUGGCGAGUUGGCUAAGUCAUUCCUAUGGGAACCGUUUUUCCCAGUACACUUGAAUGACACGAUUCUGCACGCAUUGCUACUUCUUUCUAAGCAUAGACUGCAAGUUUUGCCUGAUGCUGCACCCAUCGGUUUUGUUACUCAAGUAUCUGUCGAGUUAUUGACUGAAGAAGCAUAUUCUAACUACUUCUUCAAUCAAGCGAACUCGAGUGGUUUGAUAAUGUUGCAAACAAGAACUUAUCAGAUUUUCGAUUUGAAGGCCAAGAACAUCCUAGAUGUGUAUUUGGGAGCCAAACUGUUGCAGAUGCUUUGA